GAAAAGCUUUCCCCAGUAUGGAAGCGCACCAUGGAAGAAUUUGAUUGAGCAUGCGCGAAACCAUAGCUCCUUGCAGAUACUAUGAGCGGUGGUGUCUACGGUGGUGACGAGGUAGGUGCUAUUAUUUUCGACGUUGGACAUCAGAGCCUACGCGUUGGAUAUGGCGGUGAGGAUACACCAAAGGCUGAAAUCCCAACGAACCUUGGCGUAUGGGAGGAUCCCGUCGAUUCUCCGGAAUGUAAUCAUACAGUUAGGAAACACUAUAACAUCGACGUCACCGCCAUUCAAGUCCGUAAAAAGGAUAUGGAAAUGGUCAGCAUGAUGAAAGAUGGAAUGGUCGAAGAUUGGGACAUGUUCGAACGUUUAACCGAGUACACCUACAAGCAACGUCUUCACGCAUUACCAGAACAUCAUCCAAUCCUGAUGACGGAGUGUCCUUGGAAUACGAGAAUUAAACGAGAGAAACUUUUGGAAUUAAUGUUCGAGAAGUUUAACGUUCCAGCAAUGUACAUUUGUAAGAAUGCAGUUUUAGCUGCAUACGCCAAUGGGAGAUCAACAGCAAUGGUUGUCGACAGUGGUGCAACACACACGAGUGCUGUACCGGUUCACGAUGGUUAUGUUAUAACACAGGGAAUUGUUAAGAGUCCUUUGGGGGGUGAUUUUAUUACGAUGCAAUGUAGACAAUUUUUUGAAGAAAAAGAUAUCGAAUUGAUACCUGCUUCUCUUGUCGCUAGCAAAGAUGUGGUUAGAGAAAGGGAUCCACCACGUUGGACAAGAAGACUUGGACCCCAACCAACAACUUCCUGGUUAACUUACAUGGUACGAGAGUUGCUGCAAGACUUUCAAAUGAAUUGUUUGCAAGUUUCCGACAGUCCUUACGACGAAGAUAUGGCUAACACUUUACCAAUGAAACAUUUUGAAUUUCCAACUGGCUAUAACGACGAUUUUGGUUCCGUAAGACUAAUGAUACCAGAGGCAUUGUUUGAUCCUAGUAAUGUUAAAGGUGUUGGUGCUAGCAUUCUAGGUGUUGGUCCAUUAGUAACAACAAGUGUUGGCAUGUGUGAUAUGGAUAUAAGACCUAGUUUGUACGGCAGCGUUGUGGUAACUGGAGGUAAUUCUUGUUUGCAAGGAUUCAGCGAAAGAUUAAACAGAGACCUGGCUAGUAAAACACCUCCGAGUAUGAGAUUGAAAAUAAUCAGCGCCAAUAGUCCAAGUGAACGUCGUUAUGGUGCUUGGAUCGGUGGUUCAAUACUAAGCUCACUUGGAUCCUUUCAACAAAUGUGGUUGUCAAGACAGGAGUAUGAAGAAUCUGGGAAAUUGAUUUUAGAACGUUUCAGGGAUCGUGGUCUUCUGGAAAAAUGGAAAGGCGAUUUUGAGACACCCAGAACUGAAAUUGAUCCGCCAUGCUCAACUCGAUAAAUCAAAAAAUUAAUCAAAUCAAACGUACAUUGAAUAUUCCAUUAUUGUCACGUAACGUAUAUAUUUUAGAUAUUAGUAUAUAUUUAAUAAUUAGCUAUAUAUAUAUAUAUAUAUAUAUAUAUAUUUAUUAAUUAUUAAAUAUGUAAAAUGAUAAGUAUUAAUUGCAACGACUUUUGGAACGACGGUAAGAUCGACUUUUUGGCGAAUGAAACGAUAACGACUGGGUCAUAUUUAUAUUAUAUAAGGAGAAAAAAGAAAAAGAAAAAACAUUUUAUUAAUCAAAAUAUCGUUUUAUACAAUCGCCAAUGUUGUUGGAUCAGCGUGUUUAUUCGAAAAGUAACAAAUUAUAGUUCCUACUUUGCCCGAAUGAUCGUUCGAAUCAUUAGUUUUAAUGAAGUUCCUAUUUUUUAUUCAAUAUUUUUUUAAACGAUUUUUAUCUGUAUCAUUAUUAUUAAAUAUUGUUCGAUGGAAAAAUGACCUAUUAUAAUAAUAACAAAACAAAACGAAACCAAAAAUAUGAUCGAGUAAACUUGCAUUCUUGCAGAUAAAGGAGAAAAAUUACAAAAUUGUAUAAUAAAAUAAUGUUCUCGUAAAAUUAUAAACAAUAUAUCAUUAUACGUGUUGUAACAAGAAUAUAUUUUAAUUUUAUUUUUUAUAGCAAAUUUUGGAAAGAAAGAAUUUUUGCGUGCGUAUACUCGACAUUUAUCUUGCGUCCAUUUCAUUGAAAAAAAAAAAAAGAAAAAAUAGAAAUUUUGGUCAUCGAAUAGUUGAUUAAGAGAAAUAAUAAUAAUAAUUAUAAUUAUAAUUAUAAUAAUAAUAUUAAUUGCGUUUUUAUCGGAAGAACAUAGAAUAUCUUUCGAGUGUAUUACACACGCACAUACACAUACAUACUUAUUUGAAACAUAUAUAAACGACUGAAAUAAUAUUAAUAUUGGAAUUAAUCAUUAAUUAAUCAAAUAAACAAUAUAAUUUUAAUUCGACAUUGUAUUAAUGCUUAAAUGCUAUAAAUGCUUGCACGUCGUAUCGUCUCAAUUUAUAUUUAUAAAUAAUCGUACAAAUUUAAUAUAAUACAACAAAAAUUAAAUCGAAAUUUAUCGUGCAAAAUUUUAACGAGAGAAAAAUUUCAAAAAAAAAAAGAAGAUAAAAUUGAUUUACUUUUUCCUUUCUUUUUUAAUUACGUGGGUAUGUGUGAGAACAUGUGUAAUCAUGUUUGUGGUACGUAUACGCGUAUAUCUUUUAUUUUUACGAGUCAGAUAAGUUAUCCUUGUUCCUAAUCAUGUAUAAGUACAUAUUUGUACUAGACAAAUAUGAAAAAUAUUUCAAACAAAUGACAAAAUAAACUUUUAAGUGUCUGC